UUGUGUGACUAAAGAGAGACACAGAUGAUCAGAUUCAGCUUCAGACCAAACUAACACCUUCCUCUAAAUGAGUCCAGCUACAGGAGAGAAAAGUGGAAACUACAACACUGCUGCUUCAAGCUGCUGACUCUCCACACACUGAAGCUUCACUCAGAGACUAAAUGGCUUCCAGAUCAGAGGAGGAUCUCUGCUGUCCAGUCUGUCAGGAGGUCUUCAGAGAUCCUGUUGUUCUGUCAUGUAGCCACAGCUUCUGUAAAGUCUGUCUGAAGAACUGGUGGAGAGAGAAACCAUUACACCAGUGUCCAGUUUGUAAGAGAAGAUCUUCAAGAGAUGAUCCACCUUUAAACUUGGUGUUGAGGAACCUGUGUGAGUCCUUCUUACAGGAGAGAGAUCAGAGAUCUCCAGAGGCUCUCUGCAAUCUGCACUCUGAGAAAUUCAAACUCUUUUGUCUGGACCAUCAGCAGCCAGUGUGUCUCAUCUGCAGAGAUUCAGAAAAACACUCCAACCACAGAUUCAGACCCAUCAAUGAAGCUGCACGACAGCACAAGAAGAACCUUCAGGAAACUCUGGAGCCCUUAAAGAAGAAGUUAAAGGUUUAUGAAGAAGUUAAAGUGAAGUUUGAUGAAACAGAAAAACACAUCAAGGUCCAGGCCCGACACACAGAGAGGCAGAUUAAGGAGCAGUUCAAGAAGCUUCACCAGUUUCUAGCAGAGGAAGAGGAGGCCAGGAUGGCUGCACUGAGAGAGGAAGAGGAGCAGAAGAGUCAGAUGAUGAAGGAGAAGAUGGAGGCUCUGAGCAGAGAGAUAGCAGCUCUUUCAGACACAGUCAGAGCCACAGAGGGGGAGCUGAGAGCUGAAGACGUCUCAUUCCUCAACAACUACAAGGCUGCAGUGGAAAGAGUCCAGCGCUGCCUCCUGCUGGAUGAUCCACAGCUGCCCUCAGGAGCUCUGAUAGACCAGGCCAAACAUCUGGGCAACCUGGCCUUCAACAUCUGGAACAACAUGAAGGACCUGGUCUCCUAUACUCCUGUCAUUCUGGAUCCGAACACUGCUUAUUCAACAAUGACCCUGUCUGAAGAUCUGACCAGUGUGAGAUUAGGAGAUAAACAACAACUUCCUGAUAAUCCAGAGAGAUUUGAUUAUUUCUGUUCUGUCCUGGGCUCUGAGGGCUUUAACUCAGGGACUCACAGCUGGGAUGCUGAGGUUCAAGAUAACAGAUGGUGGUAUGUGGGUGUGACAGCCGAAUCUGACCAGAGGAAGGGACUCAUACAAUCUGGAUUGUGGACCAUAAAUUUCAUUGGAGGUAAAUACUUCAAAUGGUCACCACCAGCUCCUCCCACUUUUCUCCCAGUAGAGAAGAAGCUCCAGAGGAUCAGAGUGAAUCUGGACUGGAACAGAGGAAAUCUGUCCUUCUCUGAUCUUGAUACUAACACACACAUACACACCUUUACACACACUUUCACUGAGAGGAUGUUUCCAUUCAUUGGAACUGGAGAUAAACUCAAACCAGUGAAGAUUUUACCAGUGAAUCAGAUCAGUUAGAGAUAAACAGGAUGAUUGUGUAAAUGAUGCCAUUUCACAUUGCAUUCUUUUCGUAGAAUGAGUUUAUUCAUCACAGUAUAGUAAAAAUGAUUCAUAUUUAACUAAAUUCAGAUUCAUCCUUCAGAAUUUUCUACAUUUACAUGUAAAAAUUAUUAAUUAUGACAUAUCAUAAAAAAAAGUAAGUGCUUGUCUUUAGAAGAUUUCAAAUUAAUUUCCAGGCUAAUUAAGAAUUCAUUAGUUCUUAAGUGUUUCCAACCAAAGACACUGCUCUCCGUCCAAAAAGAACAUUUGGGACAAUGUUUAGUGGACAGAUGAGACCAGAGUAGAAUAGUUUGGUUUAAAUGUUUGGGCAUCGUGUUUUUUGACAUGUUGAAGCAGGCAAGAGUUUGUCUUUGGUUUCUUUCUCUGUUAGGUUAGUUCAGUGGGUUGUUUUUCAGUUAGAAUCAUUUUGUUUGUUAUUUUGUCCUGAGUUCACUCUGAAGUUGAAUUGUGAUUUAAGUAUUUCUUUACCUUUUAAAUAAACCCCUUUUGUUCACCUUUGACACACCUUCUCCUUGAGGCUGCUUGGGACUUCAAGUAUUGUCAUUCAGUCAGCAGUUUUUGUGGGUGGGCAGUUUUAAGGUGGACUUUUAGUUUUAAGGUGGACUUGUAAGUUUUAAGGUGGACUUGUUCAGUCCUGAUGUAAAGUUGCUGAUUUUCAGAGAUGAAUGUUUGUCUCUUAGAAAUGAAAAGCUGCCAGAUGAUCCAGAUGUGAGCUGUAUUUCAUGUAACCUGUGACCUGAUGUCAUUCUGUUCAUCUACUUUUUGAUAAUAUUGUGUGGAAGACAAUAAAAA